AUGGCUGGCGUUCUGGUGAGCACAUCCAUAGGAGCAAUGGGUGCCGUCCUGGCAAAGUUAGCUGCUAUGCUGGGGGACGAAUACAAGCUGCUCAAAGGUGUCCGUGGUGACAUCAAGUUCCUCAAGAAAGAGCUCGAGGCCAUGUAUGCCUUCCUCCUUGUCAUGUCAGACGUGGAGCAGCCCGACGAGCAGUCCAAGAUCCGUGUGAAGGCAGUGAGAGACCUGUCCUUUGAGAUUGAGGACAGCAUCGACAAGUUCAUGCUGCUCGUCGAACCUGCGUCCAGUUGUACAGGUAAUAGCUUCAAGGAGCUUAUUAGCAAGUGCAAGGGAAAAUUAACAGAUAUCAAGAUUCACUAUGAGAUUGCAAAGGAGCUCAAACACAUCAAGGGCCAAGUCAAGGAAGUGAGUGAGAGAUAUGCAAGGUACACUAUCUAUGGUUCCUCCUCCAAACCUAGCAAUGUAAAAGUUGACCCUCGAGUUCUGGCGUUUUUCAAAGAUGCUUCUGAGCUUGUUGGAAUAGACGGCCCAAGAGAUGAGCUUGUGAGGUACCUGAGCGAGGAGAGUGAAUCAGCAAAUCAGCUAAAAAUUGUCUCUCUUGUUGGAUAUGGGGGUCUAGGCAAGACAACUCUUGCUAACCAAGCCUAUCACAAGCUCGGAGGAAGCUUUGAAUGUCGGGCUUUUGUGUCGAUUUCACAAAAUCCUGACAUGAACAAGAUUUUGAGUUCUAUCUUAUCUCAAAUCAGCAAUGGAGAGACUGAUAAUCGGUUAUUAGGGGAUCAACAAACCAUAAUCAGCCAUAUCAGAGAAUUCCUGGAAAACAAAAGGUACUUUAUAGUGAUGGAUGAUAUAUGGGACGUACCGACAUGGAAAAUUUUGGAAUGUGCAUUAUUCAAGAACAAAUGUGGUAGUAGAAUAAUGACCACAACACGUGUUAAUGAUGUAGCUAGAGCAUGCUGCUCUUCUGUUCGUGGUCUUAUCUAUAGAAUGAAACCACUCAAUGAAGAUGACUCAAAGAAGUUAUUUUACAAGAGAAUAUUUGGUUCUGAAGAGGACUGCCCUUUUGACUUGAAAGAAGCAUCGGCAGAUAUUUUGAAAAAAUGCGGUGGUUUGCCAUUGGCCAUCAAUUCUAUAUCUAGUUUGUUGGCCACCAGGCAAACUAAAGAAGGGUGGGAUCAGGUGCGAUGUUCUAUUCAAUUUGCAAAAGACAAAAGUUCUGAAAUAGAGGCAAUGAAUUAUAUUUUAUCUCUGAGCUACUUCGACCUUCCUCACUAUUUAAGGAGUUGCUUGUUGUACUUAACUCUGUUUCCUGAAGAUUACGAGAUCAAAAGGGAGCGCUUAGUGCACAGAUGGAUUUCAGAGGGUCUUAUUUGCAGGGAAGAUGGGGAAGAUAUUGUCGAGUUAGGAGAUCGAUAUUUUCAUGAGCUUGUUAAUAGAAGUUUAAUACAGCCAGUUCAAAUAGGAUAUGAUGGCAAGGCAAGUUAUUGUCGAGUCCACGAUAUUAUCCUUGAUUUCCUAAUUUCCAAGUCUGCUGAUGAGGGCUUUUGUACCUUGUUAGGCAAUCAUUCCAAUCUCACACAUUUUUCAGAUAGAAAAGUUCGUCGGCUCUCCCUAAUGGGAGAUGGUGAACAAGGAAAUGGGAUUAAACCAAAUAAGUUGGAUUUAUCACAUCUUCGAUCACUUAGUACUUUUGGGUAUGGUUUUGGCAAGCAAGUACCUUUCUUUCUGAAAUCAAAUGCACUCCGUGUGUUGGACUUGGAAGGGUGCCGUGGAUUGAAAGACCAUCAUCUGAAAAAUAUUGGAAGAUUCUCUCAGCUGAGGUACUUGAACAUCUAUGAUACAGGAAUAUCUGAGCUACCAGGGCAAAUAGGAGAUUUGCAGUACCUAGAGACACUAAAUGCAUUUAGUGAUUCUCUCGAUGAGCUGCCCGAAACUAUUAAUCGGCUUCAACGAUUGAUGCAUCUAUCUGUUUCACGUUUCACUAGAUUGCCAGAUGGGAUAGGAAACAUGAAGAACUUGCGAGCACUUUGGAACGUAAACAUCCUGAAGCAAUCACUGAAGUUUGUGCACGGGCUUAGUGAACUGACAAAGCUGAGAACACUGACGAUUAAUUGGGAUGCUGAUGAGAUAGAAGGCCGCAAAUUAUUUGGUCACAAGGAAAGCCUAGUGUCCUCCCUCUGUAAACUGGAUGCAUGCAACCUCCGUACCCUAUGUAUCUAUUUAGAUUUAGGAGAAAAGGAUGGGCACCUAGGAGACAAUCCUUUCAUUCCUUCUCUAAAUAGCAUUCAAGAUAUUCAUCUCUACGGUGGAGAGAUAUGUUGGAUGACAAAAUGGCUGGUCUCACUUGUCAACCUACAGAAGUUAACUAUCUAUGUUGCCGUGAUAGAGCAGCAGGAUCUUCAAAUGAUUGGAGAUAUACCUACUCUGGUUGAAUUCAAUCUGGAUGUGUGUGGAACCUGCGUCGUCACUGACAGAGGAUUUCAACAGUUGCAGAAGUUUGUGAUCAAAUGCAAUGAUCUGAUGUUUGAAUCCGGGGCUAUGCCGAAGCUCGUGGAGUUUUGCCUCUCUAUCCGUUCAAUAAAGUUCAACUCUGCUGAUAGCGGUGCUGGUGGUUUCGACUUUGGCAUUUGUCACCUAUCUUCACUUGAUACCGUCCAUGUCACCAUAGAUUGCCGUGGUGUGAGAGCUGCAGCUGUGGAGGCUACUGAGGGUGCUAUCAGGAGCAUGUCUCGGAUACACCCCAACCAUCCAACACUAGAGAUCACAAGGAAAUAUCCAAACCAGAUGUUAUAA